UCUGUUUUAAGGCUAUGAAUAGAAAUCUUUUCAUAACACUAUUCAGCAUGCUUUCUGCCUAUGAAUAUUUUAAUUGUGAAGUGCACAAAAUAGGUUUGUGGGGUGUGGGAAGAAGGAUGGGGGCGUGGAGCACAUGCUGGGAAUUUCCCAGCAACUGACAUAUGUAUUUGUUCUCAUCACCAGCGGUUUAGAAUUACUUCUCCAAGAUUUUGCCACUAUCAGAAUUUUGCUGGGACAGUAGGGCUGCAUUAUGGUAGCUGUAGGUUUCUACUCACGUUUUUCUACUAUUUUGUUCUUGCUGCUGGCAGUCGCUAUUAGCCGUUGCUUGGCAUUGAAAUGCAAAGAACAUCAAUAUCCUUUUGGUGACAAAUGCUGCAAGGACUGUGCCCCUGGUGAAAGAAUGAGAAGCCGCUGCACAGCAACAACAGACACCGUUUGUGCGCCCUGUCAAGACGAAUACUUUAGUAGUGAGCACAAUCACAACUUCUGCAAGAGUUGUACAAUCUGCAGCACUAGGAAGGGGAGCAUGGAAGUGAAGAAGUGUGAGAAGACCUCUGACAGAAUCUGCAUGUGUCUUCCAGGCUACAUGCCAGAUGCCAGAUACACACUGGGAAGUGUAUGCUCACCAUGUCCUGAAGGGUCAUAUUCCAUAGGGCAAAAUGAAAACUGUCAACCUUGGACCAACUGCAGCCUUCUUGGGAAAAAUACUCUUCGACAAGGGACAAAAACAGAUGAUGCUGUUUGCAGCAACCAUGUCACGCAGCCAGCUACCUCUCGGAAUGCAACACCUGCUUUGUAUCUUUCCACCACUGACAACGAGAAUAAUGUGUCGACUGCCAUGUUGUCACCGUCCAGACCCAGUGUGAUUCCUUUCAUUUGCCCAGAUACGAACAGCCCCACAGAGACUAACUGGGGGUCUUUAUCGCUUAUCCUUAUUUGCCUGAUACUGCUCAUGGUGAGUGGAAUGUCCAUCCUCCUGUUGAUUAUCCAAGCAGCCAAAAAAGAGACCAAAAAGAAGCCUUGUAGGAACAACCAGCAGGAAGGAAGGAGCUUUCGAAUUCCUAUCCAGGAAGAACAAAUUGACUCCAAUUCUAGUCUCAUCAAAAACUGACUCCACAUUACGUUACUGUUUUCUGCAUUUCUGAGCCGAUCGAUUGUAACAAGUAAUGUGACAGUGUGUUGUGUGGAUGUGUCUAACUGUUUAAUUGUGCUUCGGUUCCUUUGGGUCUCGUUGAGCGUCCCCUUUGGCAUUAGGACCCACAGGAGGAGCUGUUCUAGGUGGAAUCCUGUGAUUCUGAGGCGGAUCCUGUACUCAGAUCCCUGUUGCCAGGACUGAGUUGAUAUAGUCCUCUCUGGAUUUCUAGCCAAUUCUGUAUGUAGUGAUGGGCAGUUGUCUUUGGAAUGAAGAAAGUGUUUAUGGAGCUGUAAGAGCUGUUCAUUGAGCAGACAGAAAAACAGGGAAAUCAAAAGACCUGCUUUAUGACUGAGUUUAUAUCUUGUCUUACAAUUCUGAGAUGCUAAGCAGAGCGUGUCGCUCUCUUCUCAGUGCAGGUAUCUCCAGUGUUUCAGUCUAGUCCCCAAAUGAACUCUCCUUGCUUUAGGUGGAGGAUCUCCCUUGAUGAACCUACCCAGGCUCCUUUGUGCUUCCAUUUUUUCCAGUUAUGGCAUAUGUCAGCUGUGCCUCCAGAGACAGUUGUCAUUGCUGGUCACUCUUGUGCUGGCCGUGCACCGGAAUAGCACCAGAAUUCUGGUGUUAGCUGUUAAAUGACUGUUGAGAUAUGGCUAUUCAAUGCCCCUUCUCUCUUUUCUGCGUUUCUUCAAACAUACUCAUUGAGAAAUUGUCACAUUAACACACUGAGCAAUGUCCCCGUUGUCAGGCCAACAAGUGGAAUGGCUCAUGAUCACUAGGUAGGUCCAGAUCUCCAGGAGUUUGGAAAUCUCCAUGGAGAUCUUCAUGCGUGUGGAAAGUAGAAUAUGUGGUUUGCCAGAAGGCAAAGGGAAUGGUGAUUUCUAAUUAGAACAUUAUUAGUGGAAACUGUAGUUCAAAAUAGGGGGAAAGGUAGAGUACCACUUGUCUAAGCUUUAGUAGUUGCCAUGUAUAACUAAUGUUUUAUCUACAAGCCCUGUGCAACCAACACGCUGUGUGCUUCCUCUUGGUGGACAUCCUGUUGUGCUGAAUACCCUGGUGUGGCUAUCGUCAGCAAAGCUACUUCAGUCAAGCUUGGACAUCUCCACAGUAAAAUUGUUUAGCUUAAACCACUUUUGUGGGACUGUAUUGCUUGCUGUGAAUGUAGGGAGAAACCGCAAGCAAGUUUGGUUCCAGACAGUGCUCUGGAUUCGAUAAAGUUAGUUUAUGUCUUAGGUUUAGGAGCACGUACACGGACAUUUUUUCUGCUGAUGAACGAUGAUUUUGUGAUGGUUUGGAAAAGAGUAACUCCUUAGAUGUUCUCUGUUGGUAAGAGGCAAGAGCUGAACUCUUAACACAGUGCUGACUCCUUGGGCCUUCAAGCUUUGCAUUUUAGCAAAGAUGUGCAAAGUGGACAGAUGCCUAAACUGUGCUCUGACCGUUCCUCUGGAUGAUCACCUCGUGCAUGCUGUCAGUGGAACCUGCAUGCAGAACUGAAGAAAUGUUCUUGAUUCGGUCUCUGUGUAGUUAAAACACCUGGUUGUUUGCCUGUACGCUGUAUGAAAUGAAUUUUACUUCUGUCACAUUUUACCACAAGUUAAUCAGUCUGUAGUUUUAGAAAGCAUUCAGAUUCUAGAUAGCAAGUUCAAAAUCUGAAGUGUCUGAGAGAAACUUGAAGUGUUAUUGUCAAUAGCUUUUGAUAUAAUUUAAAUGGCUUGGUGUAAAAGUUCAAGAAGCAGUAAAUUUGGAAGUUAAAUAAUUCAGAACUGCUUUUCACUUCAGGUAUAACUCCUCACUAGAUAACUCAUCAGAGAGAAGUAUUUUAUAUACACAGUACCAAAGCAUGUGCCAAAAUAUACAACAGGAAGUGUAUUCAAGGAUACAACUGGUCUCUACAAACAUGUUUUUAAACAUAUGUUUUCUUAUAUGUUAUACAUAUGGUGCACUUAGCAGUGAUUUCCUAUUUGGAAGUGCAUAUACAAUGUAUAUAAGCAUUUGUAUUAUAUACGAAGUGUGAUAGUGACUUUUUGAAAUAAAUUGUGUUAGCAGC